AUGAAAUGUGUUUUCUUAGGAUAUCCUGAUGGUGUUAAAGGUUAUAGAUUGUGGCUUAGAAGUGUACCCGGCUUUAAGGUCGUAAUAAGUCGUGAUGUUGUGUUCAAUGAAUCUGAAAUGCCAUGUUUAAUUGCUUCUUUGCCUGCUCCUUUACCUGAUGAAUCUGAAAAUGCUCCAAAUGCGGUGGAGCAAUUGAGUAGUUUAAGUGAGUUCGAUAAUUUUGAAAAUAUGCAUGCUGAAAAUGAAACCGAACGUGCUGUGUUUGAUAAUCGACAUGCUGAAAUUGCUGAAAAUGAACCUGUAAAUGCUGAAACUGAAAAUCAGCAAUCUGAAAAUUUCGAAAAUGUGGAUGUGCAUGAUGAAUAUGUGGAAAAUGUGCCUGAAAAUGAUGUUGAUUUGCAUGAUUAUCAACUUGCUAGAGAUAGGACUAGAAGGGAGCGUAAGAAACCUUCUAAGUUUGAUGAUUUUCACAUGACUUCAUAUGCUUUUGGUGUUUUCGAAUCUAUUGAUAAUUGUGAGCCUAAAUGUUAUGACGAAGCCUUAAAAUCUGUGAAUUCUUUGCAAUGGAUGAAUGCUAUGCGUGAAGAAAUUAAUUCGUUGCAUGUGAAUCAUACUUGGUCGCUUGUGCCUAAACCUGAUAAUUGUUCCUUAGUGGAUUGCAAAUUGUUGUAUAAGGUUAAACAAGAAAAUGAUUCGGUUAGGUUUAAAGCUAGACUCGUAGCAAAAG